AUGGCGGCACAGAUGGUGCUGGACACCAUGGACCGGGAAGAGGUCCGGGUCAAUGCCUAUCACUACAGCGCCGUCGUCUCUGCCUGCGAGCGGUCGUCCCAAUGGACAAGGGCACUUCAGCUCGCGUCUCUUGUGCCCUCUUGUGGCAUUGAAGCUGACCUGGUUACCUGCAAUGCUGCGACCAGUGCUUGCGAAUCGGGGAGCGGAUGGAAAAUGGCUCUGUGUAUCUUCCGUGAGAUCGAGAGAAGUCUCCGAAAAGAUGUCAUCAGUUACAACGUUUCCAUCUCUGCCUGUAGACUGGCCAGCUGGCGCACUUCGCUGUGGCUUCUCGAGAUGUGCGUCGUCAGCACUGUCCAAGUCGCCACUGCAACGUUAAACUCUGCUUUGGCCAGCUGUGGCAGCAGCCGUGCCUGGCUUCAUGCGCUUGGCCUCCUCCUUUCGGCACAGCGCCGGCGGCAGAGCAGCCUGAUAUCGUUCAACUCUACCAUCAGCGCAUGUGAGCUCCCUGCGGGGCUUCCUACAGAUCCCAGAUAUUCGGCCAAGCUACGCUGGAGUCGCAAUAUCUGGCAGCCUUGGCAACGUGCGAUGGUGCUGCUGCACACCUUGCCCUCGAAUCGGCUGGAGGCAGACAUCAUUAGUUUCAAUGCUGCCCUCGGCUGUUGCGAAGCUGCAGCCCAAUGGCGAUGGACUUCGGAGCUGUUGUCACAGAUGUUGGAGGAGGUCCUGGCCCCGGACGAGAUGAGUUUCCGAAGCGUCAUCAGCUCCUGCGAAAAGGGUGGCCUUUGGCAGUUGGCGUUGUUCAUGCUGGCCACGAUGCCGUUUGCAUCGGUGCAGCCGACAUCCUUCAGCUACAAUGCAGCCGUCAGUGCAUGCGCGCAGGCAUCGGCAUGGCAGUGGGCCUUGGUGGUGUUCGCGGAGAUGCCAGGUGCAGCCGUCCGGCGUGACACUGUGAGCUUCAAUGCUUCACUGAAGGCUGCAGCGCAGCAGGGCAAAGCAGCCAAAGCUUUGGAGACGCUGGCAGCCAUGGCUGAGGCGGACAUUUUGCCAAAUCUCGUGACCUUCAGUACCACCAUCGCAGCCUGCGAGAAAGUUGGGGAAUGGCAGCAUGCGUUGCAGCUCUUGGUUGCCAUGUGUGCGCAACACAUCCAGGCUGAUGUCAUCAGCUCCAACUCUGCCAUCAGCGCCUGCAAGCAGGGCCACCAAUGGCACCGUGCCGCGCAGCUGCUGUGGACCAUGUUCGACCGACUCCUGGUGCCCAAUGUCGUUAGCUACUCGACCGUGGUCAGUGCCUGUGGUGCUGCCGGCCGGUGGCAGCUGUCCCUGAGCUGGCUAGACCUCAUGUACACGAGCGAGGUGCCCAGAACUGCCAUCGUUCUCGAGUCCUCUGUCGCUGCGUGCGAAGCCGCCCUUGCCUGGUCGCAUGCUGCACGCUGCCUUGCGCUUGUGCCGCAGGCAUAUUGGCGCAUGCUAAAUGCUCCUGCUGCCCUCAACUCCUACACUGCCCUGUACCACUACCUGGGCGGACACUGGCAGAGUGCCCUGGCGCUGUUGCAUUCCAUGCGCCGCAAUCAGGUCCGAAGGGACGCCGUCGCCUUCAGUGCAGCGAUUAGCUCUUGUGUGGAAGGUUCGUGCAUUCAGGUGCAUGACACGUCAUCGUACCGGCAUAUGAUCAAUUUGCAGAUGUGUCUCCUCAGGAACGAAUGGGAGGCAGCGAUUGCCAUCCUACAGGCACCGCGGCUGAAAUGGGAUUUCCUGGACAUGACUUCUGUUGAAGUUGCGGCAGAUGUGCAGCUCAUCAAUGAUUUGGGGUUGAAGGGCGUGGUAGUUCAGAGCUUGGGAGGAUUGGCUUUUCGGGGUCCUCCGAAUUGGAGGGAGGUUUCCGUGGAGUGGGAUAAAGGGGAGACGUGGGGGACUCUUGUUAUUUCAGAGACCGAGCUGGGCAUUGUUGACUACAGCUUUCCUAUCCAUGAACCAGACCAUUGCGAGCAUCCGCCCUUGUUACUUAGAGGGCUUUUUCGCACCUCCUUGGGCACAGAGCUCUUCACCGCAAGUCUUACACAAAUUGCUCCGGCCGCCCUGCAUCUGUUUUCGCAGAUGAAGGACCUGAGAAAUGGACCAAAGCUGAAGCUGCAAUUUCUCAACCAAGACGUGGAUCUACGGCCUGAUGUCAUCAGCUGCAAUGCCGCUACCUGGCUCUUAGCUAUCUCCGCCUGUGGAGAAGAAUGGCGGUGGGCAAUGGAUGUGUGUUACAAUGCUGCCAUCUCCGCUUGUGAGAAGUGCGGGGAGUGGCACCAAGCAUUGGAGCUGAUGAAUCUCCAGAUGCGAAUGCACGUGCCCCCAGACAUCAUCACCUACAACGCCGUGCUCAGUGCUUGUGAGAAAGGGCAGCAGUGGCAACUGGCCUUGGCCUUUCUGGCUCGAUUGGAGCAGAACGAACUGAUGCCAGAUGAGAUCAGUUGCAAUGCAGCAAUCAGCGCUUGCGAGAAAGGAAAUGCAUGGACGUGUGCUCUGGCCUUGUUCGCAGAGUUCGAGCCGAGAUCACUCCAACGUGACUUGAUCACGCACAAUGCCGUCAUUUUGGCUUGUGCCGAAGGCCGAGAAUGGCGUCGUGCACUGACUCUGCUGGAUGAGCUGCCCUCUGCUCAGCUGGAGCCUGACGAGAUCUCCUUCGACGCCGCGAUCGUCGCCUGUGCCAGGGCGAGUCGUCCGGACUAG